AUGUACUGUCUGAAGGCCCUGUGUAUUAACAUGUACUGUCUGAAGGCCCUGUGUAUUAACAUGUACUGUCUGAAGGCCCUGUGUAUAAACACGUACUGUCUGAAGGCCCUGUGUAUAAACACGUACUGUCUGAAGGCCCUGUGUAUAAACACGUACUGUCUGAAGGCCCUGUGUAUAAACACGUACUGUCUGAAGGCCCUGUGUAUUAACACGUACUGUCUGAAGGCCCUGUGUAUUAACAUGUACUGUCUGAAGGCCCUGUGUAUUAACAUGUACUGUCUGAAGGCCCUGUGUAUAAACACGUACUGUCUGAAGGCCCUGUGUAUAAACACGUACUGUCUGAAGGCCCUGUGUAUUAACAUGUACUGUCUGAAGGCCCUGUGUAUUAACAUGUACUGUCUGAAGGCCCUGUGUAUAAACACGUACUGUCUGAAGGCCCUGUGUAUAAACACGUACUGUCUGAAGGCCCUGUGUAUAAACACGUACUGUCUGAAGGCCCUGUGUAUUAACAUGUACUGUCUGAAGGCCCUGUGUAUUAACAUGUACUGUCUGAAGGCCCUGUGUAUUAACAUGUACUGUCUGAAGUCCCUGUGUAUAAACACGUACUGUCUGAAGGCCCUGUGUAUUAACACGUACUGUCUGAAGUCCCUGUGUAUAAACACGUACUGUCUGAAGGCCCUGUGUAUUAACAUGUACCGUCUGAAGGCCCUGUGUAUUAACACGUACUGUCUGAAGUCCCUGUGUAUUAACAUGUACUGUCUGAAGGCCCUGUGUAUUAAUUCAGCCGCUGGAUGUUCCUUCUAA